AUGCCACGUGAUCGUUGUGGUUUUGUACAGCGAACAUUUAUUCACUUUCUGCAACCAAUUCCGGUUUAAACUAAACAUUCGGUUGUGUGCGUGCGUGCGUGUGCGUGUUGGAGGUGGUGGUGGUGUUGGUGAAUGGCGCCGUCUCGGUUGUCCGAUGAACAGAAGACAUUGUCGUGGCAGCGAGGGCGGGACAGGCGUAGGGAGUUGCAAAGGUUGAGGCGGACUGACCCUGUGUAUCGGUUGGCGGAGCGGGAGCGGAACACGCGGGCCCGUCGGAAGCAGAGGAACGACCCGGGGUACCGCAAGAAAGAAAGGGAACGCGACACGCGGGCGCACCGGGAAAGGCGGAAUGCGGCGGACACAGUGAUGCGAAACACCGUCGGCAGCUUGUGGACGAACGCCGACUUGGAAAACAUGGCACCGGAUCAAGUUGGACCGGACGAAGACACUGGCGUCACCGCUCUAAGUAACUGCGGGGCUACCAUGAACACCACAGUCUUCGUCACAGUGCCAGCCAGUCCUUUCCCGGUUAGGGAAGAACUAUUGUCCGAAAACGUGUCUGUUGGUGGUGACAAAGAUAAAGGCAACUCAUCGACAGAUGAUAACGAGGACGAUGACCUUACGUCACUGAGUUGGCUACAAAACAAGAAUCUGCUCAAAGGUGUUCACGAACUGCCAAAGACUGAUUAUGCGGACGACGCAUCGUCGGACUCGCGUUCGUCUAGUGGCCAGUCAAUAUCGCCAGUCCGGUGUUGGCCCACCAUGGCAGGUUUACCCAUCAACAACAACAAUAACAACAACAACAACAACAACACCAAUAAUAAUAAUAACAAUAACAACAACAAGACUUCCUCGUUGCGGUCGUCAAACUACGACCCAAAGGUACACACGGAAUCGAAGCCACCGUACUCGUUUUCAUGUCUGAUCUUCAUGGCCAUCGAGGACUCGCCAAUCAAAGCACUGCCGGUCAAAGAUAUCUACGGAUGGAUUGUCGACCACUUCCCGUACUAUAAGAACGCACCUACCGGCUGGAAGAACAGCGUCCGACACAACUUGUCGCUGAACAAGUGUUUCCGCAAAGUGGAAAAAGCGCCCAACUUGGGCAAAGGAUCGCUUUGGAUGGUCGAACCCUCAUACCGACCGUGCUUGAUCCAAGCACUCCAGAAAACUCCGUACACCAAGGGGUAUAGCAAAAAGUCAACUGUGAACACGAGCCCGACCACCCGGAGUAGUAGUGAGACUCUGGAGACGGCCAAGGACGAACGGAGCGAGGAUGAAAUGUCUACGGUCAGCGACGUUGACGCUGCGACCGCAAUGUUGGUGCUCAAACAUGGUCCGCACGUGCGCAUAGUGCACAACAGAGAUUGGCAGCUAACACAAUCCAAACCUGACGCGGAUCCAGAACUAGUCGAGCUAUAUCCAAUUGUCACGAUAUGUCCAAGCGAGGAUCAUACCUACGACAACUGCUUCAAAACCGACAGCUUGUGCAAAGAGGAUGCCGAAGAACGUCGAAAAAUAGUCGAGGGUGCUGAUGCAUUAUUAAAUUUAGCCGGUAUAACCACUCGCCGUUUGCGCAAACGUUCUUUGAGUGUCGAAUGCAUUGAUACUAAACGAGAGUGCACAGAAACCCUCAAACAGAUGUACCUGAAGAGGCAGACGGACAACAACAAUGAGCCAUCAUCAGUAAUAAUCGAACAUCACAAAGACAAAUUUAGAUAAAACAUACUAUGAUAAUUAUAUAGCCUACUCCUUUAGCAUUUUGUUGACUAGUUUAUGUAACACAGAUUUAAUAGUUUACUUAUUUAUACUUGCAAAAAGAAAGAAAACUCCCACUCUUCCCGAAAAAAAACAGAAUAAUUGUAAUGCUUUAAAGUGAGCGGGAUAGUUAAAAAAAAAAAAAAAAAUUUAAAGGUAUUUUUGAAAUGGUGAUAGUUUUUUCUUUCAAGUACUAUGUAUUGUUAAUUGAACAUUUUUGUCUUCUUGCUCUUAGGAAGCACUGUGAUAGUAUUUU